UCUUCUUCUUCUUCUUCUUCCCAACUUGAGUUUUUUUGGAGCGAAAAAGAUUCUACAUGGCCACUUCAGAAGCCGCCCGGCCGUGGCAGUCCUACAACACCGUCUACACCAAUGCCAAAGCCGGCAUGGAAGGCGUGGAUAAGGACAAGGUUCAGAGAGUAGUGUAUGAGAUGAGUAAAGGAUCACAGUACUUUAAGAACGAGGAGAAGAAGGAGGCUUUUAUCAAGGAGAAGAUAGAGAACAUGCGUGCUCGGUGCGCGAAGCUUGCCGCCACAGAUUUGGCUCACUAUCAGAAGGUUGCUGAUAGGAGAAUUGUGGAGUUAGAAGCAAUGCGUGACCUGUCGAGGGUUUGGAUACAUGUGGAUAUGGAUGCUUUCUAUGCAUCUGUGGAGACUUUGAGUGAUCCUUCGUUGAAGGGAAAGCCGAUGGCUGUUGGGGGUAUGUCUAUGAUCUCAACUGCUAAUUAUGAGGCCCGGAGAUUUGGGGUUCGAGCUGCAAUGCCUGGCUUCAUUGCUCGGAAAUUAUGUCCAGAGUUGAUUUUUGUUCCGACGGAUUUCAAGAAGUACACUCAUUAUAGUGAUUUAACUAGAAAAGUGUUUCGGAAGUAUGAUCCUAAUUUCCUGGCCGCUAGUUUGGACGAAGCGUACCUUGAUGUUACUGAGGUUUGCAAAGAAAAAGGCACUACUGGGGAAGAAAUUGCCAAAGAACUCAGAGAUGGUGUUUAUGAAGAGACCGGUCUAACAUGUAGUGCUGGAGUGGCACCAAAUCGUCUACUUGCUAAGGUUUGCUCAGAUAUAAACAAGCCGAAUGGACAGUUUAUUUUACCAAGCAAUCGGAUGGCUGUGAUGACAUUUAUAUCCUCACUUCCUGUACGAAAGAUUGGGGGGAUUGGAAAAGUCACUGAACACAUAUUAAGGGAUGCUCUGGGAAUAAAUACUUGUGAGGAGAUUCUGCAAAAGAGCAAUUAUAUAUGUGCCCUAUUUUCUAAUUCUUCAGCAGAUUUUUUCCUCUCUGUGGGACUUGCCAUUGGGAGGACAGAUACUCCUGAAGUCAGAUUGAGGAAAAGUAUAAGUAAUGAGCGGACCUUUUCAGCCACAGGGGACGAAUCGUUUCUCUAUCGCAAAUUAGCUGAGAUUGCAGAGAUGCUAUCUACUGACUUGCAAAAGGAGGGCCUUUGUGGGCGCACAUUGACUCUUAAACUCAAAACCGCAUCUUUUGAGGUUCGCACUAGAGCUGUGACUUCUCAAAAAUAUAUAUGCUCGAAUGAGGAUAUAUUAAAACAUGCUUCAAAGUUGCUCAAGGCUGAACUUCCUGUUUCUAUAAGGCUUAUAGGUCUGCGGGUGUCUCAUUUUGCUGAAGAAAAGGGUGCUCCAUCUGAUCCUACACAAAAAACUCUCACUGACUAUCUUUUAUCAGGAGAUGCUUCAAGGAAAACUAUGGGUGAUCAAAUCUCAUUCGACUCAGACUCUUUUGAUCAUCACUCGAUACACGGUGAAGAAUCCUGCUUAUUUAAAGGAACCCAUGAAACAUAUCCAGUUGAUCAUGAAGAUCCUCUAGAUGGCAAUGAUUCUUCAAAUUUUGAUGACCUGAAGUUUACUUUGGUCAACACUUUUGUAGAAAAGGAAAAGCUUGAGGAAUCUACAAGUAAUGCAAGUGUAGAAAAGAUGAAUUUAAAUGACAUACGGACUGAGCACAAUGUACAGAAUGGAGUUUCAUCGUUGUUGAGAGCAGGUGAUUCCUUUUUUGGGAACUCUGAGUGUAGUAGCAUAGACAGAGGGAAUAGUGUAACUAGCAUCCUUGAGGAUUGUCAAGUUCCGUCUUCCCAUCAGAAAGAUUGGUUUUUGUGGGUGGACGACUACAAGUGUUCGAUAUGUGGAAUAGAAAUGCCACCAGAUUUUGUUGAAGAACGGCUAGAACAUGUUGAUUUUCAUCUUGCUGAGAAGCUUCAGAAUGAAGAAUCUGGCAUUGAGUUGAGAAAGUCCACGCCAAGGCCAAGAAAUGUCAACAAGGAUCAAGAAUUGAGCAGAAGGAAACACAAGAAACAUAAACCAGCUCCAAAAGGAACAAAACACAUUGAUGUCUUCUUUGUUAAGAGCAGUCAGAACUUCUAAAAACCAGAAAAUAUAUUUGUUACCGGCUGUCUUGUACAUCUGUGUAAAUAACAUAAUGUAAUUUGUUCGUAAUGAACUGUAUACUUCAGAUUUUUGUUUUCUAAAUUUGGUGAAUAAUGAUUUCAAUAGUGAA